AUGAAGCCUGUUGCCACAUCGCCUGAACAGCUCACCUCACAGGUACAUCGGCUGUCGUUCGCUUCACCCCGUCUCGAGAACGCUGGCUGUUUAGCUCCGGGCGAGGAUGUCAACAGAUCCUACCCUGCGAUGUUCGUGACCACUGAUGCCCGAUCUGCAGCCAGCCCAAUCGCCCCCAGCAACCCUCAAGAGGUAGCCUGCCUGAACUUUGCGACUGGUGACGUUUGCCCAGGCUCAUCGCUUAGGACAAGCGCUGUCAGUUGUAUCAGACUGCGAAGUGCCCUUCUUUCGCCCUCCCUCGAGGACCUGCCAAACGAGGUUUUGUUUCACAUUAUGGGUUUCCUGGACGUCAACGACCUUCUGUCAACGUCGAGACGAGCCCGAAUUAACCUUCCAUCACGCCUAUCGUCACCAUCACGUCCAACGCUGGCUGAUCUCAUUGCUCGUUCAAUCUUCAUGACACAUACUUCCAUAGUUUCUCGAAAGUUAGCCCGAUCCUUGGUAUCAAUCCGAUUGUCUCGCCGCUUGGCAGCCAGACCCUCGGCCGCAGCCUUGGUUGAGCGUUCUGUUUUACCCAAGGAGUGCGUGCCUGGUAUGACGUCAGUGCAUGUGGCGCCAGCAAUUGUCGCCAAGAAGAAGGCAAUCGAGAAAGAGAGAGUUAAGGACGGAUUGCGACAGUGGAUCGCGUCGAGAUGGAAGCGUGAAGUCAAAGAGCGCCAAGAUGGCGUAAGAAAAUGGGAGGAGAGCCGUGGCAUAGGACGCGUGUGGCGCCUCCGUAAGUUUUGGGAAAGAGUUAGUCGUGGCGAGGAGCGAGACAGUGCUUGGUAA